CAAACAGACGCGCACAUCAUUGCUAACAAAAAGAUUCAUAUCCAUUCCUCCCACCAGCGGAGAGAGAGAGAGAGAGAUGGGGAGAGAGUGUCAUCCCACGUUGAAGGGCAUAAUCAGAGGGGAGAGAGAGAAGAGGCUGUUCAGGCGCGGCUUCUCCUCGCGAGAGAUGGAAGCUCUUGCCGCCGUCUGCGAGACGGUGUUCCCUCCGUUGAGUGCGGAGGCGGCGGCAUCGGCGGUGGCGGCGGCUGCAGUGGCAGCAGGAGAGUUCGAGGGAAGAACGGACAGAGAAGAAGAAAGAGCCAACGAAGCCGUGCGCUUCUUUUAUGAAUCAUCUGGCUCUCAAGCUCCGGUGCCUCGCGAGGUGGCGGAGCUUCUAGGGAGGAGGGGACUGAUCGAGGCGGUGGUCCUGGUGCGGGCGGUCCUGUGGGUGCUGUCGACGAGGCUCGGCACGAUGCUGCUGUGCGGCUCGCUCUGCAUGGGCAGGCGAUGGCCUUACAUUAACACGUUCUCGAGCAUGGGCAUGGACCGGCGGGAGAAGGUGCUGCGGAGAUGGCUCAACCAUCCGUUCCUCACGCCCGUCCGGUUGGUCUUCAUGUAUCUCAAAGUCUCGUGCCUCUACGUCCUCUUCUCUCGGGUAGACGAGAAAGGCGAAAACCCAUUAUGGAAAGCGAUUGGGUAUCAAGUAGAUGAUGAGGAGGAAUUGUCGAAACCUGAAAAGGGAAGGCCACUCGAGAAGGGAAUCAUAGAAACCAUUUACUCUUCAGAUCCAGACCUCCUCCAAUCUCUCAAGCAAAAAGGUCUGGAAGUCACACAGGAUUCCAAAAACAAGAUUUACAGAAUCAAGUGCGAUGCCGUCAUCGUGGGCUCCGGCUGCGGCGGUGGGGUUGCGGCAGCGGUGCUGGCGCGUUCCGGUUACAAGGUGGUGGUUCUAGAGAAAGGGAACUACUACACCCACAAGGACUACUCUUCCCUGGAAGGCCCCUCCCUGGACCAACUCUAUGAAUCAGGAGGCAUACUGGCAACUUCCACUGGGAACAUGCUGAUUCUAGCAGGGUCCACGGUUGGAGGUGGAUCCGCCAUCAAUUGGUCUGCGUCCAUGAGGACGCCCGACACUGUCCUCCAAGAAUGGGUUGACAAGCACGGGAUCGAGCUCUUUGGCAGCAAAGAGUAUGCCUCUGCCAUGGACAUUGUGUGCGAGAGGAUUGGAGUGACAGAUCAGUGUGUGGAACAGGGCUUUCAGAAUAAGGUCCUUCGAGAGGGAUGUGAGAAGCUCGGCCUUGAGAUCAACGCGGUGCCACGGAAUUCCUCGGAGGGCCACUAUUGCGGCUCUUGCGGCUACGGCUGCAGGAGGGGAGACAAGCAAGGCACCGACAGCACCUGGCUGGUGGAUGCAGUGAAUCGUGGCGCGGUGAUCCUAUCAGGAUGCAAAGCUGAGCGGCUCGUCUUUGAGAUGAACAUUCCUGGUAGAGUGCGAAGAAAGAAAUGCAUUGGAGUGAGGGCGAAAUCAAUGAACAGCGAUAUCGAAAACGUCCUGCAGUUUGAGGCCAAGGUAACCGUUUUGGCAUGUGGGGCCCUUCUGACACCGCCUCUCCUGAUCUCGAGUGGACUGAAGAACAAGCAUAUUGGCCGGAACCUCCGUCUCCACCCAGUGGCAAUGGCCUGGGGGCAUUUCCCUCAGGACUCGAGCUCGCAGCUCAGUGGCACAUCCUACCAGGGUGGGAUAAUCACGUCGAUCCACAAGGUCGUCGAGGGAAAUUCAUAUCCAAAAGUGCGGGCCAUCAUCGAGACCCCCUCGCUCGGGCCCGCAUCAUUUGCGGCGAUGUGCCCUUGGGAGUCGGGCCUCGACAUAAAGGACCGGAUAACCAAGUACGCGAGGACCGCCCACUUCAUCACGAUAAUCCGGGACCGGGGGCGUGGGGAAGUGACAAGGGAGGGAAAUAUAAGCUAUAAGCUGGACUCGGAGGACAAGGUGAAUCUCAAGGUGGGCCUGCGGCGAUCACUCAGGAUCUUGAUCGCCGCGGGAGCAGACGAGGUGGGGACCCACCGGAGUGACGGCCUCAGGAUGAAGUGCAGGGGAGGGACUUUCAGUGAGGACCAAGUGGAGGAGUUUUUGGGCAGAGUCAGUGUAGAGGAUGGCCCAUUGGCCAUAGGUGAGAAGUGGGGAAUUCACAGUUCUGCCCAUCAGAUGGGGAGUUGCAGGAUGGGAAUCAAUGAGAAGGAAGGUGCAGUGGAUGAGAACGGGGAGAGUUGGGAAGCUGAGGGUCUGUUUGUGUGUGAUGCUAGUGUUUUGCCCACCGCCGUCGGUGUCAACCCAAUGAUCACCAUCGAGUCCACAGCUUAUUGUAUCGCCAAGAGAAUAGCUGAGUAUUUGUCGGCAGGGGAAUUGCUGAAAUCACCCAAGUUACGGAGUGACAUUUCGAUGAAUGAUAAGUGAGUGUUGGGCAGCCCAGAUGUACAAACCAUUCUUUUGUUGUAUAAUUUGCUAAGUUCACGUAUAAAAAGUCCAGGUGUUGCAGACAA